AUGCCCGUCUACAUCGCAGGCACAAAUGCGAGGACGCCCAUCACUUCGAUCGCUCUGCAGUCGCUCAUCUAUGGCUUCUCGUGCUGCAUGUUCGGCAUGACAGUGUGGAUACUCGGGGUACAGCGCGGCCUGCGGGGAAGUCAUAUCAUGCUCGCGACCGCGUUCCUGUUGUGGGCCUUACCAACCGUCCGACUAUGCAUCGACAUCAACCUUACGGUCACAGCAUUCGUCGACCACAUCGAUGAAGGGCAGCUCGGACCGCAGAAAUACCUCUCUACGUUCUCUACCCCGGUGUCUCUUACAGACAACGCGAUUUACGGACUACAGACACUCAUAGGUGAUGCUGUUGUGAUAUACCGCUGUUACGUUGUCUGGCAGACCUGGUGGGUCAUUGUGCUACCGUGCAUUGCAUGGGUAGGUGGUCUGGGGAGUAUGAUGUACAUCUUGUAUAUGUUCGCGAGCGGGGUCAUCAACGGCGAGCGUGGCCUCCUAAUCUAUAUCUUCACCUUCGUCGCGAACGGUUCUGCAACCGCUCUCCUUGCAUACAAGAUCUGGACUGUGGAGCGCCACGCCAGGAAAAGCGGCGUCAAACGGGGUCACGGCAGUCUCUGGCCCGUCAUACUAGUGGUCGUCGAAUCUGGAGCGUUGUACACGGCCAUCCUCAUCGUUGCGCUGGUGACCGCCAUACACGCUCUCCAGGUCGAAUAUGUCAUCAACAGCUUCAUACCGGCACUCAUAUCUGUCAUUUUCAACACUAUCUUCAUCCGCAUCGGCUUGAGCAGGCGAUCAAAUUCUACGAGCGGCGGGUCGGAUAGCACCCCUUUGGAAUCGGUCGUCUUUGCGCCGGCGACGUUUCACAGCACCGAGAAGGACUUUGGUACUCACUUGGCGACGAAUCAUCCUGCGCUGUUACAGAGCUCGUCUUCUGCGGGUGAGAGUGAACCAUCUCCGGUGUAGCCUCUAUGACGAUGUCGGCCUAAGGGUAGAUAGUCUUGCGGGUUGUUAUGUAUUAUAAUGUUGAGUCUGCGAGCAUCAAUCAGAGACUGGGAGCUUUACUUGCGA